GCGUCAUAUCCGGUUCCCUCUACGUAUUCAGCAAGCGACUCUUUUCUAGGCCAUCGCCUCCAGAGACUAUCCGCCUGUAAACAAAGAUGGCUCCGUCACCCACUAAGCGGAAGGAAGAGGAGAAAACGAAAGACCGAACCAAAGAGAAAACUGCGAACAAGGACGGAGAAAAGGACCGGGCACGGGACAAAACCAAGAAGCGCCGCAGUGCGUCCACUGGAAGCAGUAGCAGCAGGUCCAGAUCUAGCUCCUCUUCUAGCAGCAGCUCUGGUUCCAGCUCGGGCUCAUCCAGUGGGUCCAGUUCUUCCGGAUCCAGCAGCUCUGGUUCUUCACGCUCUCGCUCCUCAUCCUCCUCCAGCUCCUCCGGGUCUCCAAGUCCCAGUCGCAGGCGCCAUGACAACCGCCGCCGCUCACGUUCAGCAUCAAAAACACAGAAAGGGAGAGGAGAUGAGAAGGAGCGGAGGAAAAGAACCCCAAGUCCAAAGCCCACGAAGGUUCACUUAGGACGACUGACCAGGAACGUCACCAAGGAUCACAUUCAGGAAAUCUUUGCCACUUAUGGGAAAAUCAAGUCUGUUGAAAUGCCUGUAGACAGGAUGUGCCCCCACUUGACCAAAGGCUUUGCUUAUGUGGAGUUUGAGAGCCACGACGAGGCUCAGAAGGCCCUCAAGUACAUGGAUGGAGGUCAGAUCGACGGACAGGAAAUCACAGCAUCCGCUGUACUGCCUCAAAGAAUCCGCCCUCCUCGGAGGCUGUCUCCCCCUCGCAGGAUGCCUCCUCCACCUCCCAUGUGGCGUCGCAGCCCACCACGCAUGAGAAGAAGGUCCCGCUCUCCGAGGAGGCGUUCACCGGUACGCCGCCGCUCUCGCUCCAGAUCUCCUGGUCGCAGGCGUCACCGCUCUCGCUCCAGCUCCAACUCCUCCAGAUAAACUGCAGACUUUCAUUUUUUUUUUUAUUAUUUCAUAAAUAACGUACUACAUGGAAAAGUUCCAACUCAACAUCUUCCUGCAUGUCGGAAGUCUUUUUUUUCUUCUUUUUUUUUCAUGACCACAUUCUUGUAAGUUUUGAUCCUGCUCAAAGUGUAAACCCUUUUUAGCUUGUAUUGACUUUUAGACAGUUUGAAAAAUAAAACGUAUAUUAGUUUGGAA